CUUCAAUCUCCAUAUCGACGUUCAGCGCUCUACUUUCUCCCCCCCCACCCCUCAACCUCAUUCUACUCCGUCACAAUGGCCGGCACUAUCGCUUCCGCCAUCUACCAGGGCCUGAUCCGCAGAAAUGCCGUCUACCUGACCAGCAUCUUCGCCGGUGCCUUUGCUUUUGAGCUGGCCUUCGACACCGGCUCCAACAAGGUCUGGGACGCCAUCAACCGUGGCCGUCAAUGGAAGGACAUCAAGCACCAGUACCUGGUCAAGGAGGAGGAAGAUGACGAAUAGAUUUCGCACCCUUUUCGGAUCGAUGGGGUGAGGGUUCGCGUGUGAUUAUACUCCUUUUAUUAUAUUUUACCCAUGGAUAGUACUCGGAGAGGUGGAUCUGUAUGAAAUAGAGUCGCAUUGCCUGU